UUAUUUUAGGUCACACUUGCGGCUAGAGAGAAGAUGGGUGUCAACGUCUAGCAUUUAAGUAGUUCAUUCUCCUCUUUCAUCUCCUCUAUAUACAUGGCUUCUAUUUAUCUCCUCUGAACUUACUCUUAUCUAAAGAUUUUCUUCGUCAUCCCAAGUUUUAUACUAAGAGUAGUGGAUCGCAGGGAAGGAAGAUGGCACAAAUUCUGCUACAUGGUAAUCUUCAUGUUACUAUAUUCGAGGUUGAUAAGCUCCAUACAAAUUUUGGCAAAGAAUUUUUCAAUAAGGUGUUGCAAGGCAUUGAGGGAGCUAUUGGCUUCAACAAGACAGCUUCAAGACUGUAUGCAACUAUUGAUCUUCAAAAAGCCAGAGUUGGCAGAACCAGAUUGCUCGAUGAACACAAAAAUCCGCGGUGGUACGAGUCAUUCCACAUUUACUGUGCCCAUAUGGCUUCCAAUGUCAUAUUCACUGUCAAAGUUGAUAAUCCAGUUGGAGCAGAACUUAUUGGAAGAGCUUACUUGCCAGUUGAACAAAUUCUAGAUGGAGAAGAAGUCGAUGAAUGGCUUGAAAUCCUGAAUACAGAAGGAAAACCCGUGCAUGGACACUCUAAAAUUCAUGUUAAGUUGCAGUAUUUUGAUGUCACAAGGGAAUAUAAUUGGAAUAGAGGGAUAAAAGUCACAAGGUUUCCUGGUGUUCCAUAUACAUUCUUUAGACAAAGAGAAGGAUGCAAGGUCACCCUUUACCAAGAUACUCAUGUUCCUGAUAACUUCAUUCCGAAAAUCCCUCUUGCUGGUGGUAAGUUUUACGAGCCACAACGAUGUUGGGAAGACAUUUUUGAUGCCAUCACUAAUGCAAAGCAUUUGAUUUACAUAACUGGAUGGUCUGUGUAUACGGAGAUCACUUUGAUAAGGGACAUGAGGAGGCCUAAGCCGGGUGGAGACAUAACGCUCGGGGAGUUACUUAAAAGAAAAGCUAAUGAAGGUGUGAGAGUUCUAAUGCUGGUCUGGGAUGACAGAACAUCAGUUCCUGUGUUGAAACAGGACGGGCUAAUGGCUACUCAUGAUCAAGAAACUGCUGAUUAUUUUCGAGACACUGAAGUAAAUUGUGUGUUGUGUCCUCGAAAUCCUGAUGAUGGAAGGAGCAUUAUUCAAAACAUAGAGAUUGGGACGAUGUUUACUCAUCAUCAAAAGAUUGUAAUUGUUGAUGGCGAAUUGCCUAAUGGAGACAGGGAGAGGAGGAAAAUUGUGAGUUAUAUUGGUGGGAUUGAUCUUUGUGAUGGUAGAUAUGAUACACAAUUUCACUCCCUUUUCAGGACUUUAGACACAGCACAUCAUGAUGAUUUUCACCAAGCAAAUUUCACCGGUGCUUCAAUUCAAAAAGGAGGGCCGAGAGAGCCUUGGCAUGAUAUCCAUUGUCGAAUAGAAGGGCCAGCUGCUUGGGAUGUGCUCUACAAUUUUGAACAGAGGUGGAGGAAACAAGGUGGAAAAGACUUGCUUAUAGACCUAAGGGAUAUGGCGGAUAUAAUCAUUCCACCUUCACCGGUAAUGUAUCCUGAUGAUCAUGACACAUGGAACGUUCAAAUUUUUCGAUCAAUUGAUGGUGGAGCGGCUUUUGGCUUCCCCACUGCUCCUGAGGAGGCAGCCAAAUCUGGUCUUAUAAGUGGCAAGGAAAACAUCAUAGAUCGAAGCAUACAGGAUGCAUAUAUUAAUGCCAUUCGCCGAGCAAAGCAUUUCAUUUACAUUGAAAACCAGUACUUCUUAGGCAGCUCCUUUUCAUGGUACUCCGAUGAUAUCAAGGAUGAAGCAAUUAAUGCUUUACAGUUGAUUCCAAAGGAGCUUUCUUUGAAGAUAGUUAGCAAAAUCGAAGCAGGGGAAAGGUUUACGGUUUAUGUUGUGGUUCCAAUGUGGCCAGAAGGCCUUCCUGAGAGUGCAUCUGUACAAGCAAUACUGGAUUGGCAAAGGAGGACCAUGCGAAUGAUGUACAUCGAUAUAAUUCAAGCUCUAAAGGUAAAGGGAAUUGUGGCAAAUCCUAAGGAAUACUUGAGUUUCUUUUGCCUUGGCAAUAGGGAAACAAAGAAGAGAGGAGAAUAUGAGCCUUCUGAAACACCAGAGCCCGAUUCAGACUAUCUCAAAGCUCAAGAAGCCAGACGUUUCAUGAUUUACGUACAUGCCAAAAUGAUGAUAGUGGAUGAUGAAUACAUUAUCAUUGGAUCAGCUAACAUAAAUCAAAGGUCAAUGGAUGGUGCAAGAGACUCAGAAAUAGCAAUGGGAGCCUACCAACCAUUUCAUCUAACUGUGAAGGAGCCAGCUAGGGGUCAGGUUCACGGCUUCCGGAUGGCGUUGUGGUAUGAACACUUAGGCAUGUUAGACAAUAGUUUCCUUCAGCCAGAGAGCCUAGAAUGCAUCCGAAAGGUGAACAAAGUUGCUGAGAGAAACUGGGAUAUGUAUUUAAGUGAGAGCCUCAUUCAUGAUUUGCCUGGACACCUUCUUACUUACCCUAUUGGUGUUACUGAAAAUGGAGAGGUCACUGAAGUACCUGGAGCAGAAUACUUUCCUGACACCAAGGCACCUGUUCUUGGUACCAAAUCUGAUUUUCUUCCUCCCAUUCUCACAACCUAAACCUGCACCUUUUAAUUUGUUCAUUCACUCUCUAGACAUAUAUGUUUUAUAGUUAUGGAGUAUAUGUUAAUAAGGCUUCUUAAUUAAGGAAAGAAAAGGUUACUAUCACCACCGGAUGCGGCGAAAUGUUAAAGAUCCUUCUACUCUUCACCAGAGGUCUCAAGUUCGAGACUUGGGCCCUUGGUACACAAAAACGCCCAUAGUGAUGGGCUUUCAUCGCAAAUCCAGAUUAGUCAAACUAGUGGACUUUGAGCACCACAUGAUUGUACGAAAAAAACAGCUGGGUACUACUAUAUUUUGCCAUAUAUUGCAGUUUGUUUAGUUA